UUUUCUGAUUCGCUUUCUUUUUCUGUUUAUAUUUGUGUUUUUGAUUCUGAUUCUGAUUCUGUUUCUGUAUCUGUUUUGUUUUCUGUUUCUGUUUUUGUUUAUUUUUCUGGUUCUGUUUAUGUUUCCGUUUUUGUUUCUGGUUCUGUUUCUGUUUUUGUUUCUGUUUUUGUUUCUGUUUCUGUUUCUACAUCUGUUUCUUGCUCUGUUUUUGUUUCUGGUUCUGUUUCUGUUUCUAUUUCUCCUUCUGGUUCUUGUUCUGUUUCUGAUUCUAUUUCCGUUUUUGUUUCUGUUUUUGUUUCUGUUUCUAUAUCUCUAUUUGUUUCUGUUUCUGUUUCUGUUUUUGUUUUUGUUUUUGUUUCUGUUUCUGUUUCUGUCUUCGUUUUUGUUUCUGUUUCUGUUUUUGUAUCUGUUUUUGUUUCUGGCUCUGAUUCUGAUUCUAAUUUUGUUUCUGGUUCAUCUUCUGUUUUUGUUUCUGUUUCUAUUUCUAUUUCAGGUUCUGUAUCUGUUUCUGCUUCUGCUUUGUGUUCUGUUUCUGUUUUUUUUUCUGGAUGGUUUCUGCUUCUGUUUAUGGUUCUGUUCCUUUUUUAUGUUUCUCUUUCUUGCUCUGUUUUUGUUUCUGGUUCUGAUUCUGUUUCUAUUUAUGUUUCUGUUUCUGCUUCGGUUUCUGUUUCUGUAACUGUAUAUGUUUCUGUUUCAGGUUCCAUUUCGUUUUUGUUUUCGGUUUCAGUUUCGGUUUCUGUUUCUGUUUCUGUUUCUGUUUCUGUUUCUGUUUCUGUUUCUGUUUCUGUUUCUGUUUCUGUU